GCUUCCGAGAGAGCGCCGGAAGUUCAGUUUUCAGAGUGGGGUCUGACCCGGAUUCGCGUCGCUCUCCUUGCUGUCGGGUUGGCGGGACCUCUGAACACUGGAGUCCUGAGUUCAAACUGACGCUACCGUCGCUGCGGCUGAACCAAACAUGUCUCAGGCCACCAAGAGGAAGCACGUGGUGAAGGAGUUGCUGGGGGAACACAUGGUGCCCUCUGACCACCAGCAGAUCGUGAGGGUACUCAGGACCCCAGGGAACAAUCUACAUGAGGUGGAAACAGCCCAGGGGCAGCGCUUCCUAGUGAGCAUGCCUUCCAAGUACCGCAAGAACAUCUGGAUUAAGAGAGGAGACUUUCUCAUUGUUGACCCUAUUGAAGAGGGAGAAAAGGUGAAGGCUGAGAUCUCCUUUGUGCUCUGCAAAGACCAUGUGCGCUCUCUGCAAAAGGAGGGGCUCUGGCCUGAGGCCUUCUCUGAAGUGGCUAAGAAACACAACAACAGGAACAGACAGACUCAGCCAGAACUCCCAGCUGAGCCACAGUCAACAGAAGAGUCCAGCUCCGAAGAUGAUUCGGAUCUCUUUGUUAACACCAACCGCAGACAGUAUCAUGAGAGUGAAGAGGAGAGUGAAGAGGAGGAGGCAACCUGAGACAUCUGACCCAUUCUGCACUUGCUCAGGGACUACUCCCUGACUUUUCUAGGCUUGGACAUUCCCAAGGUGCUCUGCAGACCUUUGCCCCUGGAUGGGGACAAGGCAGGGCCCCUCUCUGAACUGACCUUUUGACGGGAAAAUUAAACCCCUGGUGGGUGGUGACUUGUA